GGCCGCCGGUCGCUUCCGCUUUCGGCGCAGGCGCGGCGGCUGGGCCGGAGCGCGGAGGGGGCCCGGAGAGGAGCUGACGCCGCUGGCCAGGAUGGUACUUGAGAGCGUGGCCCGCAUCGUGAAGGUGCAGCUCCCCGCUUAUCUUAAGCGGCUCCCAGUUCCGGAGAGCAUUACCGGCUUCGCCCGCCUCACAGUUUCAGAAUGGCUUCGGCUAUUGCCUUUCCUUGGUGUACUUGCACUACUUGGCUACCUUGCAGUCCGCCCAUUCCUCCCGAAGAAAAAACAACAGAAGGAUAGCUUGAUAAAUCUUAAAAUACAAAAGGAAAACCCCAAAGUGGUGAAUGAAAUAAACAUUGAAGAUUUGUGUCUUACUAAAGCAGCUUAUUGUAGGUGUUGGCGUUCAAAGACGUUUCCUGCCUGUGAUGGUUCCCAUAAUAAACAUAAUGAAUUGACAGGAGAUAAUGUGGGUCCACUCAUACUGAAGAAGAAAGAAGUGUAAUAGUUAUGAUUUAGGAUUGGUUCAAUUGUGUGCUGUAAAAUCUUACAAUAUUUUUUCAUUCUUUGUGUAUAAAAAAUCUUCGAGAUGGUGAUCUUAAUUAUUACUACUGGCUGAAUAAUUAUUUCUGCCAAUUUAUUUUCUUGCUGCACUACUGUUUAUAUUUGAUACUUAGUAUAUUCAAAGCCAUUUGUGUAGAAGUUAAAUUGUCAAGCUUCAUUCUGACUUCAAAGAAUUAAUGUACCUUUCAGCAAUAAAAUCAGUACUUCCGAUUUUAAUUGAGAAAUCAAAAUUUUGGCAAUGUGUCCAACACUGUUUUCUUUCAAUGUUAAUAUUUCAACAGAAUCUAUACUUUAAAAUUUUCCUACACUGUUAAAUGUAUUAUUUUUCAUAUUGCUUUGUUUUGAUCCUUUGAAGUGAUUUUAUCCUCCUUUGGCCUUUUACACUGUGCUUUUUUUAAUAGGGGAAUUAAGAAAAACAUUGCCAUCAAGAACUACUUGAGGUUACAGAGAUAAGUUUUUGCUUUAUAGAAAUUGUUGUCUUAUUAAUAUGAACACCCCAAUUUCAGAAAAGAAGUAAACUGGAUAUAAAAAGUUCCAAUGAGGAACAGUUAUUUACAUUAUAAAAGAUUUGUUUACUUU